AUGGGGCUUUGUACCAAAGCUUCUGCCACUAUCCACCUCAAGGGCGAUGCCGUGCCAAUUUUCCGCCCCAAACGACCGGUUGCUUUCCACAUGAUGAGUACCAUUGAUGAGGAACUCGAGCGUCUCCAGUCAUCAGGUAUCAUUACACCUGUCGAAUUCUCACCAUGGGCAGCACCGAUUGUCGUAGCUCGAAAGCCAAGUGGCAAGAUUAGGAUCUGUGGGGAUUAUUCCACUGGACUCAACGAAGCAGUCGAAGCAAAUAAUUACCCAAUCCCUGAUCCUGAUAGCUUGUUCAGCCGCCUCUCUGACAAGCAAAUCUUUAGCCACAUCGAUCUUUCCGAUGCCUACCUGCAAAUUCCCGUCGACGAGGAGUCCAGCAAGCUACUCACAAUCCACACUCCCCGUGGCUUGUUUCGUUUUAACCGGCUCCCUCCCGGCAUUCGCAGUGCUCCGGGAAUCUUUCAAGAGAUAGUCGAACGGAUGCUUCAGGGUAUUCCGGGUGUCAUUUCUUAUUUCGAUGACAUCUGUGUGGCCAGUUCGGAUGCAGAGGAACAUUUUUCCACGCUCAAGGCAGUUUUUAAACGUCUCCAGGAAUACAAUUUUCGAGUGAAGCUGGAAAAAUGUAAGUUUUUCUCCAAUGAGAUCAAAUUCCUCGGUGUCAUUGCAGAUAGAGAUGGACUGCGCCCUGAUCCUGGCAAGGUAGAUGCUAUUGAGAAGAUGCCAGCUCCCAAAAAUAUCCAGGAACUUCGCAGCUUUCUGGGUGCUGUGCAAUUCUGGGGGAAGUUCGUGCACUCAAUGAGCGAAAUUCGUGCCCCCCUGGACCGUCUUCUCAAGAAAGGAGUUUCAUGGCGAUGGACAAGGGAAUGCGAGCAAUCUUUUAGGAGAUUCAAGGACAUUCUGAGAUCGGACUUGCUCCUGACGCAUUACAACCCGCAUCUUCCGAUCAUUGUUGCCUCAGACGCAUCAUCCCAUGCCAUUGGAUGUGUCGCUUAUCAUGAAUUCCCGGAUGGAAGUCAAAAAGCUUUCUAUCACGCGUCCCGGAAGCUCACGGAUACCGAAUCUCGAUACAGUCAGAUCGAGAAAGAGGCUCUUGGGAUCAUCUUCGCAGUCAAGAAGUUUCACCGCUUCAUUUAUGGGCGCAAAUUCACCCUCCUGACUGACCACAAGCCUCUGGUUUCUGUCUUUGGCAACAAGAAAGGCAUCCCUGUCCAUACUGCAAAUCGUCUCCAACGUUGGGCUCUGAUCCUCCUUGGAUAUGAUUUCGACAUCCGCUACACUUCUACUGACCGAUUUGGACAUGCAGAUGUCCUCUCUCGACUCAUCUCUGCUCAGAGACGCCAAGAUGAUGAGGUGAUCAUCGCCAUGAUUGAGUCAGAGACAGCCCAAGACGAUGCAAUUGCCAGAGAUGCUGCAUCUCAUCUCCCUGUGGACUUCAAGAUGGUUUUGCGUGCUUCUCAGAAUUCUCCAGUACUUCAGGAAGUGGCGAGAUACAUCACUGGAGGAUGGCCAUCUUCACGGAACUCAAUUCAGUCCAGGGAAGUUUCGAAAUUCUUUAGAAUUCGUGAUGCUCUCUCGUUAAUUAAAGGUUGUGUAUUUUACAGGGAGAGGUUGGUCAUUCCUGAAGCAUUCCGAGUCAAAAUACUGAAGCAGCUACACCAGGCGCAUCCAGGCAUGGCUCGCAUGAAAUCCCUAGCGAGAGGAUAUGUAUUUUGGCCUGGAAUGGAUGAGGACAUCGAGCGUCUAGUCCGGAAUUGCCAGGAAUGUGCCACCGCCAGUAAAACUCCCGUAAAAUCACACCUUUCUUCUUGGCCACUCUCUUCAUGCCCUUGGCAACGUAUUCACGUGGAUUACGCCAAGUACAAAAAUGAGUACUUCCUGCUGAUAGUGGAUGCGUAUUCCAAGUGGCCAGAAAUCUUCAGGACUCCAUCCAUGACCACCGCAGUCACUAUCGCCAAACUGCGUGAGUGCUUCGCACGAUUUGGUCUUCCUGAGAUUCUCGUGAGUGACAAUGGCACACAAUUUGCCAGUGAUGAGUUCAGUGACUUCUGCAAGAGGAAUGGCAUCAACCAUAUUCGCACUGCACCCUAUUCUCCAGCCAGCAAUGGGCAAUGCGAACGUUUUGUGGACACUCUCAAGCGCUCAUUGGAGAAACAGAAGUCCCUGUCAAUCGAGGUAGCUCUCCAGCAUUUCCUGGCCAAUUAUCGUGUCACCCCAAACGAAAAUUCGCCAGAAGGAAAAUCUCCCUCUGAGGUGAUUUUUUCACGAAAGGUUAGAACAGUGUUUGACCUUCUCAAGAUACCAGCUGAAGAGCCCACACGAAGGAAUGAGAGAAUGGAAGAAGCAUAUAACCGUCGUCAUGGCACCAAGUCCCGUUCUUUCACAAGGGGGGAGGAGGUGUUUGCAAAAAGAUAUGCUCAAGGGGGUGAGAGAUUCACCUGGGUAUCUGGCACCAUCAUUGAGAGACGUGGAACAGUGAACUACAACGUUAGACUGGCCAAUGGGACAAUUAUUCGAGCCCACAUUAAUCAGCUCAAACGUAGAUAUUCCGAAGCCAGUAGAGUUCCAGAUUCUCUGCCACUCUUCACCACUCCACGAUCCACUCGAUCUCUACCUGAGAAUUUACCAGAGCCUGAAACGCCAGCCAGUCCCAGAACACCACCAAGGACUCCCAAACCUGAACCCAUUACAAUUUCAUCUUCUUCAACCUCGAUUGGUACGCCAUCACCAUUGUCAGAUUCAUCAGCCACACCUGGACAUUCCUCCGGAAACAUUUCGGAUCCAACAACACCUGAGCAGAAUGCAGCAGAGGAUAAUGCGCGCCCAGUUAGGACACCGCUGUAUCGCCGACGCCGCAAUUCUCAAAGGAUUGUCCCUACAAGGCUUAGUGACCGUUUUUGA